AUGUCGCUCUCUCAUAAGCAGCUCAGCACGAUAGGCACCGUGGGGCGAGUCUGCUCGGUGCUCUCUAUUCUAGGUAUUUUUACGAUUAUCGGUGGCUUUAUUUUCUCACGACAUUUUCGCAGCCCCAUACAUCGUAUUAUCUUUUUUAAUUCCUUUUACAACCUGGCCGAUUCCAUUGCGACCAUGAUAUCUGUCAGUGGGCCGGAAGCUGGAGGCAGUUCAUCACUGUGUCAAUUCCAGGGUUUUGCCCUUCAAAUGUAUGAGAUCGACACUUAUUCGUUUCCACUAGCGGAUGUGCUCUGGACAUUUGCUAUGGCCUUGGACACGUAUCUUGUUGUCUUUCAUCACUUCGAUGCUGAGUCUCUGCGCAAGCUAGAGAUUAAAUAUGUUGGAAUCAUUACCGGACUUACAUUCAUUCCUGCCUUGGUGUUUCUCUUUAUCCACACUUCCGACAGAGGGUUCAUCAUCGCCAUUUCCAUGUUAUUCUACUGCCUAAUCGGCAUCGAGAUCUCAAGGCUCCGCGACGAGUUCAAAUUAACCGAAGACGACCACAUUGCCCUAACCUCCGCCAUUUCCGGCAACAAUCCCUCCCUCGACAACUCCAACGCCACCACAACGACAAAUAUUGAAGCAAAUCCCCAAAAGAACCCUGGCCACAUCUCUGAGUCCAACAUGGCAAGUGAUUCUUCCACCGGGCGCAUUACCACCACCACCCGCGCUCCUCCGUUCAACUCCAAUCCUAUCCCCUUAACACACAAGCCCCCGAAACAGCGGCGUGUGUCGUUUAAGCAAUAUAUACUUAUGCCCUCGCUCUUUUUCCUGGCCUUGUUGGCCACCUGGGUCACGCCGACAAUCAACCGCGUGUCGUCAUUUAUUCGCCAUGAUCACCUGUCGUAUUCGCUGCUCGUUGCUGUCAGUGCGUUGGGGUCGUUGCGAGGGCUGUGGAAUGGGAUUAUUUUUAUUACUAUUGGCAUGAAAGGGUGGAGGAGACGGGCGUGGGAGUGGAGAAUUGCGAGUAGGAAGGUAAGUCAAACGCUCCGUAUAUCUACGGCUGAAUAG